AUGGAGUCGCCAGAAUCGACCAUCUCCCUCAGUGCGCGCUGGCCGCGAGGUGAGGGAGAUGAGUCGUUCAAAGCCGUGCUUGACAGCUACCCCCAGGCCUACAUGGGCGUCCGGAUGGACAUCUGUAGCGCAACCAUCACAGCCCCCAAAGGGGCAGCGACGCCUUUGAUGAGACAUCUCGAAGAGAAGGGUGCUGUGGCCAAGAAAAUAGGCCUGCAAGGCCGCUUUCAUCACCAGGGACACCACGCUGCGUUCCGGAAGUUGGUCGAUCUCUGUGCCACCCUGCCCAUGCUCCAGUUUCCUCAGCAAAAUCGGCCCCUGGUGCCCUUGAGGCGGAAUGACGAUGGACGUGUGGUGACGGACGAGGUGCCGCUCCACGAGAUGGCUCUGCAGUGCAUCCUAGUCGAGCAGGCUGACUGGUAUACCACAAUGACGAAGUCGGUGGCAGCCAUGGCCCAGGGAGCUACGGCUUCACGUGUUGAGAUCAAAGCAAGAGUGCUGGUCUUGGGCCCGGUUGACUGCAUUCCCCGAUCUGCCCUGGCCCUUUGCCCUCUACAAGUCGUUCGCCCCUUGCCAAUCGAAGGUUCAAACCACGGAUAUCCUGAUGACUCCAUUGCCAUAAUCGGGGCAUCGUGUCGGUUCCCUGGCUCGGAGACCCUGCAAGAGUUCUGGGACACGAUCAGAGACAGGAAGACGGGUAGUUCUCUGGCGGCCGCGGGCUCCUUUGACUUUACCUUCUUCCGCAAAUCCCCUCGCGAAGCCGAGUACAUGGAUCCGCAGCACCGGCUCGCUCUUCAUCUCGCCUACGAGGCACUGGAAUCAGGGGGGCAUUUUAACCCGUCGUCGUCGGCGACGGACAACGUAGGUUGCUAUCUCGGUAUGUCGUCGUGUGACUACGAGGACAACGUCAAUGCCCAAGCCGCAACCGCGUUCUCCUUCACCGGCACAGCGCGUGCCUUUGCGAGCGGCCGGAUCAGCCACUUCUUCGGCCUCACCGGCCCGUCUAUGCUGGUAGAUACGGCAUGUUCGUCUUCUGCAGUGGCAAUCCACACAGCAUGCAAAGCCAUCCAGUCGGGAGAGUGCUCUAUGGCACUGGCUGGAGGCGUCAAUCUGACGACCGCGCAGUCUCGGUCGCAUCAAAACCUGGCCGCGGCAUCGUUCUUAAGCCCAACAGGCCAGUGCCGGCCCUUUGACGCGGGCGCAAACGGAUACUGUCGCGGCGAAGGCGGAGGCUUUGUUCUACUCAAGAAGCUCUCGUCGGCAGUGGCAGACAACGACUGCAUCCUCGGUGUCCUGGCGGCGUCGGCCAUCAACAACAACAAAGGAAGUCGCUCCAUCACGCUGCCGUCGUCGGAAUCACAAAGCCAUCUAUACCGGUGCGUGCUCCAGAAGGCCGGGAUGGGCCCGCUCCAUGUGUCGUACGUCGAGGCACACGGCACCGGCACCAAAAAGGGCGAUCCCGUCGAGUCCCAGAGCAUUCGACAAGUUUUUGGAGGCCGAAUUCGAUUGGGAUCGCCGCCUCUCCGCUUCGGCUCUGUAAAGGGGAACGUGGGUCAUGGCGAGGCAGCGUCGGGUCUGGCGGCUGUCGUCAAGGUUCUCUUAAUGCUACAGCAUCGCCUGAUUCCGCCCCAGGCCAAUUUCUCGGUUCUAAACCCGGCCAUACCUUCGCUGGAUGAGGCCAACAUGGAAAUCCCCACACGUCUUGGGCCUUGGAAAGAGUCCUUUCGAGCGGCAUUGGUCAACAACUACGGUGCUUCGGGGACCAACGCAGCCAUGAUUGUUUGUCAGGCUCCGCCAGCACCAUCCGAGCGGACAUUGUUGACGGAAAAGCCUCCCCAGUACCCAAUCCUCAUUUCUGCUCACUCCGCCGCCAGCCUGCGCCUAUACUGCCGCACACUCUUACACUUCAUCGAGACUCGGCAUGGUGCCCUCGGCGAUGCCUUGCCCCCGAGUGUUGCCUUCUGCCUAGCCCAACGCCAGAACCACACUCUCUGUUACCGCACCGUGUUCUCGGCCAGCUCGAUUAGCGAACUGAAGAGCCAGCUCUCGUUGCAGGCUCAAGACGACCAAUUCAAGUCACAGAGGCCACAAGGCACUCCAAAACCCGUCGUGCUCGUUUUCGCGGGCCAGACGGGCCGGCAGGUUCGUCUUAGCCAUGUUGCCUACCUCAACUCCAUCUUGCUGCAGCGUCACCUGGAUCGAUGCGACCGCACCUUGCAGACAUUGAGUCUUCAAAGUCUGUUUCCUCGCAUAUUUGACUCGGAGCCUAUCGACGACCUAGCUGACCUGCACUGCAUGAUGUUCUCACUGCAAUACGCAGUCGCCCAUUCGUGGAUCGACGCGGGUCUGGAGAUCAAGGCCGUGGUCGGCCACAGCCUCGGUCAGCUGACGGCUCUCUGUGUGAGCGGUGUGCUCAGCCUGCGUGACGCCUUGAAGAUGAUUUCUGGCCGAGCGUCACUGAUUCAGGGCAAAUGGGGCCCGGAACGAGGCUCUAUGCUCAGCGUGGAUGCGGAUGCUGCAAUCCUGCAGGCCGUUGCGCAGUCGCUGCCCCGGAGUGAUAGAGUUGAGGUUGCGUGCUACAAUUCCUCGACGCACCAUGUUGUGGCGGGGACGAGAGCGGCCGUCACCGCUUUCGAGGACGCCGCUCGCUCCAGAGACGUUCCUGUCAAACGGCUGGCUGUCACCCAUGGGUUUCACUCGGAGAUGGUUGACUGCAUCAUGCAAGAGUACCACCAGCUUAUCAAAGGGCUCGUCCUGCAUCGUCCCGGCAUCCCCAUCGAGCCCUGCUCGAAAUCAUUGGGGAGCUGGGACAGCAUUACCCCCGAGCUGAUUGCUCGACAAUCCCGCGAGCCCGUCUACUUCGCUGAUGCCAUAACCAGAAUAGAGCAACGUCUGGGGCCCUGCGUAUGGCUCGAGGCAGGGUCUGGGUCUACCGGCGUUACCAUGGCCCGCCGCGCGCUCACCGGCCGCCCUGCCCCCGAACGCUCAGCCCAUUCCUUUCACUCGGCCCGGCUUGACGACCCGGAGCCGGUGACUUCUCUCGCCGAUGCGACGCUUGGUCUAUGGCGCGAGGGGGUCCGGGUGCAAUUCUGGCUGUACCAUGCCUCCCAGAGAUGCUGUUUCGUGCCGUUGGAGCUGCCUCCGUAUCAAUUUGAAAAGUCUCGACAGUGGCUAUCUAUCGUUGACAAAGUCAAGAAUUCAGCGCUCGAAGGCGCGAACCAGCAGCAGUCAGCGCAGGAGGCUCCAAAGUUGGUCUCUCUGGAUGGAAAUAUGCAAGAUCUCGAUGCAGAGGUUAUCGAGUUUUCCAUCAACCAACAAAGCGAGGAAUACACCACCUUUGUGCGAGGGAGAACCGUCUUCGGGCGUAUCCUGGCUCCCGCUUCGGUUUACAUAGAAUCGGCUGCUCGCGCUUUCAGCCUGCUUCCGAUGCACGCGCCAUCUGGCAGUGCUUCUUCUCUAUCCGUGGAGGUGGGCGACGUGAAACUGCAUGCACCAUUCGGCCUAGACCUUCAGAAACGACUCCGCUUGACUUUGCGGAAACGAACAAGCUCGAGAUGGUACUUUGUCGUGGAAAGCUACUCGCAUAAUGAAGACGAAGGCCAAAAUUUCAAACUCCAGGCAUCAGGAACCAUUGGAUGGCAGGAACAAAGUCGAACAUGUCUUGGGCCUCGCCGGCCAUUUCUUCGUGGCCUUUAUCAUCGGUGUGAGCAACUACGUGAGGAUCGCAGCGCCUCGGUUGUGCAGGGCGCGUUUGUCAAGAAGGUCGUGGGCCGGGUGGCAAGCUACGCCGACAGCUACUUUGGAAUUCGGGGCAUUGCUCAGCCCGCCUGUCUUUGA